AUGAAGGUCUCAUCUAGAGUUGCUAUCGGCGUCCUUUCCACCAUCCUCUUUGGAUUUGGUGUCGCUCAGAUUGUUAUGACAUGGGCUUACCAGAACCUCAAGAGUGAGCAUACUUGGGCAUACUUUGCUAAUGGAUUCUGCUGUGUUGUCACUGGUAUCUGUGGUAUCGUCGCCACAUUUGUUAGACGCGAGAGAGUCAGCCAAUUGUUCUUCAUCUUCUCGUUGUUGACCACACUGGAGGCCAUCGUCGUCUACAUCAUCUACUCGAGAUUCCUGCCACGUUACAUCAAGAACAGCUGCGGCGGCGUUGUCUACUCUGAGUUCUGCCAGGGUAUCACCCAGUACCUCGCAGUGUCCACCACCCUUUUCUGGGCUUUCAUCAUCCUGUUGCUCCCACUGACCACCUUUGUUUCCUGGAAGUACACCGUCGGAAUGAUGAAGGGAGAUGAGGAUAUCGAGAUGGACAAGAGAAGCCCAUAA